AUGACCUUUUUCUUAGGUCUUGAGGUUCAGCAACAAAAAUCAGGUAUCUCAAUUUGUCAAAGUAAAUAUAUUGCUGACAUGCUUGUUAAGUACUCUCUCAGCGACUGCAAACCGGCCUCUACUCCGGUGUCCAAGACUGAUAAGCUACAUGCUGAUCCCACCGGCACUGAUGUUAAUCACUCUCUUUAUCGAGGAAUGAUUGGAUCUCUUCUCUACAUCACUGCAAUUCGCCCUGAUAUCGUGUUUGGAACCAUUCUCUGUGCUAGAUUCCAAGCUAAUCCCAUGGAGUCUCAUCUCAUUGCAGUUAAACGCAUCUUUCGAUACUUAAAGGGCACUCAGAACUUGGAACUGUGGUACCCUCGUGGCUCAGCACUUGAACUCUUUGGAUACACUGAUUCUGACUAUGCAGGAUGCAACUUAGACAAGAAGAGCACGUCAGGUGGGUGUCAUUUCCUUGGAAAGCGACUAAUCAGCUGGUCUAGCAAGAAACAAAGCUCAGUAGCUAUCUCCAUUGUAGAAGCUGAGUAUGUUGCAACUGGGAGAUGUUGUGCUCAACUCUUAUGGAUUUAG